CGCUGAACGACGAUGACAUCACAUGUGUUAGGGUCGAAAAGUCAAUAAUUCUCUUUUCGAAUUUGUUAGUCGAACGGUCUAGCUUAACUAAGUUCCGUUUGAACGUCAGGAAAAAAAUAUGCUAAGCAUUUUGUCCGAGCGAAGUUUACAUGCCGCAAGAGGGUUUAGAAGCCGGUGUGCUUUCAGGAAAGCUCAGUGAAAUUUAUCUGUCUGUUAACAGAAAUGGCGCGCUCGCCUGGUGACAGGAAGAGCAAGUUGUAAACUGAAGAAUGGAAGAUUCUACAACGAGCAACGGACCGGAGGAAUUUUCUACAGAAGAAAGCGACGAGAAUGAAGUUUGCUACAAACAAAGGUGUAAAUAUUUGGAAAGCCAACUCGAAAAAUUUCGAGAGCAGGCCACCAAAGUGCGCGAAGUCAUUAGUCAAAAGGUAUGCAUGUAAUUUCUGUUCAUUUUAUGUCGUGUUCACCUGAUAUUCUCAUUUUACGAAUUAUUUGCUUCUUUUGUUCUUGGGUAAAGGUGUAUUCACAGCCUUUUGAAAGGUUUUCCUUUUUUGUUUUGGUUGUAUUCUUCGCGGUUUCGGAUUCGUAUAAGCCUCGCUUUUAUCGGUAUUGGAAUCUCCUCAGCUCACUCGUCGCCGCGUGGAGGUGAUGUUUGUUUUCAAAUGAUUUUCAUGCAGCAAAACAACAAUGCACUGAAAAUAUUUCAAAAUUUUUCAUCUGUGAAAAGUUUUGAGCAAUGUCUCCGACGUUUUCUUUGAAGUGAAAGAAUCGUGAGGUUAAAAGAAGUUAACAUUCAUGCGUUUCUCGGCGUCAAAACAUAACCGCCAUUCUCGUGAAGUGAAAUAUGAGAUAAAAUUUCCACUUUCGAAGGAAACGAGAGUUUAAUCGCCAUAAUCAGCUGCUGACUCUAGGAAAUAUCAGGCCUUAGUUUAAUUCUUUUAUUUAAACAUGCAAGAACGGUUGGAAAAAUAUUUUUAACAUCGUUGAAUUAAAAAUUCUGAUCAGCUGUUCAGCCUUGUUGUCUGAUCUGCUUUCAGCCAUUCAAUUAAUGUUUCAGUUUUAAAUUUUAUCAACAAAUCUAGAAAUUGUAAAUUAAUCUUUACAGUAAAUUUAUGAUCAUAUGAAACAGCUGCUGUAAAAGUGUAAACUGUAGAAAUGCAAGUUACUCUUUAUCAUAAAAUAUUCUUGGCAUUUUUGAUAAAUACUUUUCAGACAAAUUUUAAUAAAUUUUUGGCUAAACUUUCUCCCAUUUUUCGGAUUCAUUGAUUAUUGACAAAAUCGAGCAAUCAGCGAGCUAUAGUUUAAUAAAAAUUUGUUUUGAUAGUAAACUAUGAAAUAGAAUGCGGCAAAUUUGCUCUCUUUGUUUCUUCCUUUGAAAUGAAAUCACGAACCACAAGAAAUGUUAGAUUGUCUGCUGAUGUCCGGCCACACGCUACUGUUUUGUGGAGUGUUUAGAUGUCAACAUUUCUGUAGUGUCAUCAAGUAAAACCCUUUACCGAAUAGUGACGUAUUUUGAUUAUGGCUAAGGUAAACACUGUUGUAAAAUAAUUGGUUCAGGUACACUCCUGAUCUUUACUUUUCACAAGGGAAAGUGAAACAAACACCAAGUUUGUUGCACACAAAACUGUGCAAUUUUUUCCGGUUUGUGAAUAUUAGCUUGCCAUGUUGCUGAAAUUGGCUUUGUAUUUUGUGUAGUAUACAGUGUUUUCCUUAAAGGCAUAGCCAAGUGAAAUAAUUGUCUUGCUAGUCUCCUGUUGUGGGCAUUGUGUAUCGAUAAGUUAAAUAUUUUAUAAAGCCAGUUUAAAUGUUCAUUUUUUAUGUGGCUCAUGGGACUUUGCUCUCCCUCAUCACACACUUUAUAGGCAUUCUCUUGUUUAAGUGGGAAUUUAUGAUUAUUUAUCUGUAAAAAAUUGGUCUGUUAGACAGAGGUAGGAGAAAGUCAUGUCUGGUCAUCCAGGACAUGUAGAUUUUCCUUUUGUGCAAGUAACUUUUUAACCUCACUUGUCUAAUUAUAGGCAGACCACCCUCUGUUCAUCUGGCCAUUGUUGCUGUUGAAUCUGGGCAUUGGUCUUUUGUACUCAAUAGAAGAAAUACAGACAGGGCUUCUGAUAGGUCGCGGAAAAAAAGCUAAAUUUUGCGGGAUUUUCAGGUGCAAAUUCGCUAAAAAAUCGGCUGAUUUCACAGGAUUUUCGCGGGAAAAAAGUCAACAUUCGCGGAAAAAUCGGCUGAUUUCAUGGGAUUUUCGCCGGGGACAAGUCAAAAUUUGCAGAAAAAUAGGCUGAUUUUGCGGGAUUUUAGCGGAAAAAAGUCAAAUUUCGAAGGAUUUUCAGGGGCAAAUUCUUAGAAAAAUCAGCCGAUUUCACAGGAAAUUUCGGGGGAAACUUCGCCAAGAAACAAUCAGUAAAAAACAGCUGAUUUCGCUGGAUUUUUUUAGCAAAUUUCGCUAAAAUCGAUCAGUUUUGCGUGGAUACGACCAGUGUUGUUUAACAUUUUUUUAACAGGGAUAAUCAUUUGCUCUUUCAACAACAGUUCGCUCGAGAAAUGAGCGAAUGCUAAAGCUGUUAACUUUAUGGUUAGUGCCCAGUUUUUCCCAACGUUCAUCUAAAAACGUCUGGUAGUUUUGGGAUGUUGUUUACUUGUUGCAGUGACGAAGUUUCAAGAUAAAUUUGGACGUUUAGGGUGAAUAAAACAGGUCUAAUAGCCAGGAUAAGUAUUAAAUAUGUUUUGCCAACAUGUAUUUGGAAAUAUUUCUGGCAGAUUUCGUAGUAUUUCGCAUUUUUUUGGGAAUUUUGUGGGAUUUUGCGGAAAUACCUGAAUUUCGCGGGUCCGUGACUGCGCGAAAUAUCAGAAACCCUGUACAGAUUAACGUUCUUUAGUUCUAAACUUCUGGUCAAAUAAUCAUCUCCCAAAAAAAACGCUCUUAACAGCUCGGGAUGAUGAAAAACAUGACAGGUGACCAAGUUGACAUUUUGCUUGAAAUUUGUUUGAACAUUUCGGUUCAAAUCUGUAUUUUGGAGUAAAUUGUAGUGGCCGUAAAAAAAGCGAUGCUCAGGUUUCAAUAAUGACAACAGCCCCAUGAACAGGGGGGUUUACCUGUGGUCCAAUAGGAAAGGGACCAUGCAAGACAUCUGGUAACUGAACAAUUAGCUAAAGCAAGCAAUCAGGCUCUGGAAAAGCAAAAUGUGAGACUGCUGCUAGUCCAAAGGUCAAACUAGAAUUCAAGCUUUUUUCAAGCCCUGUUACAAUAAAGACCAGACUUCCCUUUUCCUGACUAUUCAAAGCUUUUUACUUCUAUUUUACAUUUUUUUAAAUAUUGAGGAUCUCAGAGUUUUCAUUUAUGAUAGAGAACCAAUAUUCACAGUCCAAAGUGUUGUGGGGGCAUAGUCUUGUAAUCGUAGAGUAGAAAAUCAAAUUAUGAAACCUUUCAAGUGGAUACUCAAAAAUUUGUGCAAAAUGCAUAAAAAGGAUAUCAUUUUUUUUCUGAGUGGAAAUCUUUUUAAAAGUAGUUAUGCCCAGUCCUCUUCUCAGAAGAGAUCUCCUGUGGUUAGACUCUCUUCUCAUGCCGGGUCAGCUGUCAUCAAAAAGUGAUCUCUUUCAAACUAGUUUUUCAAUUUUUAACCGUUUGAGCUGAGACUUUGCACGAUAAUAGAACUUUGUUUUACCAACAAUCGUAUGUUUUUGGAUUUUUUAUUUCAACGGUUUUUGGCGUGAAAAUGACGUCAUAAGAUUGACAGAAAAAUAUAAGUUUCAACUUAUGCCAUAACAGGUUAGCAAUUUUGAAAGAGUACUCAGAGAAGAACUUGAAUGUGAAAAAAGUUUUUGAAAACCUCAUUUGGUUAAGAAGAUAUGACAUUCUAAAGAUCACCAAAUUUCUAAAAAUAGUAACAAAAUGGCGGAAAAUACGAAAUUCACAGCUCAAUAACUUUUCAGCCAAUUAAGGUUUACAAAUACUUUUUUCACAUUUGAGCUCAUCUCUGUAAGUUCUUUUAAAAGUUCCAGUUUUUUACGCCAUAAGUCGAAAACUACUUUUUGCUGUCAAUCUUGUGACGUCAUUUUCGCGCCAAAAACCGUUAAAAUAAAAAAUCCAAAAACAUACCAUUGUUGGGAAUACAAAGUUCUAUUAUCGUGCAAAGUCUCAGCUCAAACGGUUAAAAAUUAAAGAACUUGUUUGAAAGAGAUCACUUUUUGAUGACAGCUGGCCCGGGGUGUCUAGAUGACCAAGUCCAAUUAGCAACCACUUUGCAUUUGGGUGGUCGCUAAAAAGAAGUUCAAUGAUAUACUCUGAAACAAUGUUAUAAAGUGACUCUGUUUUACUAAUGUCCCUUUGUGUGUGCAACAAAGGAAUUAGGAGACUAAUAGACAUACAUGUAGAACGUGCAUGCUACUGGAGUACAAUGUAGAUGAUUCAUAUCAAUUUAUGAUCUUCUCUUGCACUGGCUGUUAUGCUUUUAUAAUUUUUUAUUAACCCAUUUGCUCCUGGAGAUUUUGCCGAAAAACGUGUUUUGAAGCUAGUUGAGUGGUUUUCGGGUCACUGUCUUGCUAUUAAGAGCUAAGACUUACCACAAACCCGCUUAGUGAGGUUGUACAUUUCACGGCCUUGUGAUUCAGAUACAAAAUAUAAGCGUACGAAGUUUGAGCAUAUGCAGAAAGCAAAAUUUCGAAAGUGAGACGGCAGUCUUGACUUUUACUUUUCGCUUUCUCUCCUCCCCUCUUUUUUGCUUUUCUUGCAUCAUUUUUUUCUCGUGCUGGGCGUUUUAGUAGGCUUCAUUUUGGUGGGAAUGGUUUGUAAGAAAGCUUUUAGGAUCUUAGGAUUAGGUGAAAGGAAAGGUAGCUGGGCAGUGGAACAAGAUUUUCAUGGAAAUUUUCAGGUCAAUGUGACGUGGUUUUUUGCCUUUUUUUCCGGUGUCCUUGACUGAAUUGUGCUCAUUCUGGUUUGCUUUGAAAGAUCCCUUCACUCUGCACAAGUUAGCGGACAAAGUUGACCUUGACCGUUAAAACUGAUGAUGUCACAAGGGGUAAACAGGAUGUGGAUCCGCACAGGCGGUUAUGGGUGCCUCAGGGGCGAAUGGGUUAAAUAUAAACUCUUCUUUUCAUAGUCUGAAUUUUUGUGGCCAUUAUCUUUUUUGUCUUUAUUCAACCUAAGUAAUGAAGCGGUUACUCCACAGUCAAACUUUAUAAAACAAGGGAAGGAAAGAAAAACCAUACAAUAAUAAAUAAUUUGGUUCAGCACUUGAGUGGUAUGGUAUUUGGGCUCUGACACAGCAGUCUUGACUUUUACUUUUCCCUUUCUCUUCUACCCUCUUUUUUUGCUUUUCUUGCAUCAUUUCUUUUUCUAUUGCUGGGCAUUUAGUAGGCUUCAUUUUGGUGGAAAAAGUUUUUAAGAAAGCUUUUAGGAUCUUAGGAUUAGGUGAAAGGAAAGGUAGCUGGGCAGUGGAACAAGAUUUUCAUGGAAAUUUUCAGGUCAAUGUUACGUGGUUUUUUGCCUUUUUUCUGGUGUCCUUGACUGAAUUGUGCUCAUUCUGGUUUGCUUUAAAAGAUCCCUUCACUCUGCACAAGUAAGAGGACAAAGUUGUCCUUGACCGUUAAACCUGAUGAUGUUACAAGGGGUAGAAAGAAUGUGGAUCCGCAUGGGCGGUUACAGGUGCCUUAGGGGCAAAUGGGUGAAAUAUAAACUCUUCUUUUCAGUUACAACAGGCAGAAUUUUUGUGGCCAUUAUCUUUUUUGUCUUCGUUCAACCUAAGUACUGAAGUAGUUGCUCCACAGUCAAACUUUAUAAAACAAGGGAAGGAAAGAAAAACCAUUCAAUAAUAAAUUAUUUGGUUCAGCACUUGAGUGGUAUGGUAUUUGGGCUCUGAUAGAGAUAAUAGUUUUUUUUCCCAAAUUUUUGUAAAUGCUUUUAACAAGUUCAGGGAGCUUAUCCUGCGAAUACAGAUUUUUGACCAUUUUCGUCUUUCCUGGUAGUCUGUCUACAUGUGCAGUUUAUUCUAUUAACAUUCCCUUACAAGCAGUUUCUUGGGACUGGAUAUCGACCCCUCCCUAUCUUGGUCAUCCCACGCAGCUAAUCUCAGGAAAAAACUCUAAAGUGUGUUGCUUUUCUGGCUUGCAGACAGACUGCAGACUAUUGUUUUUGGGGUUAGAAAACAAUGGGACUAUUCACAGGAAAAAAUAACGGAUUCUCAUUUUUGGAUAUUUUUGGGUAUUUAAAGAAUACCCACAAAAAUCCCAAAUUUGGAAGAGUGAGACAAGUCUCAAUCUGGGAACUUGGUUGGGAAUUCCCUGGUUGGGACUUGUCUCACUUUGCCAAAUUUGGGAUUUUUAUGGGUAUUCUUUAAAUACCCAAAAAUAUCCAAAAAUGGGAAUCCGUUAUUUUUUCCUGUGAUUAUUGUCACGCACUCAUUUGCAUGGUGAAAACAAUAGUCCGCAGUCUGCACUUUACACUGACCACAACACUGUAAUAUUAUUAUGCACUUUAUUGAAAUGAAGUAUCAUUCAUUCAUUCAUUCAUUCAUUCAUUCAUUCAUUCAUUCAUUCGUGUCUUAAUGUACUUUUACUAAAAAGAAAAUUAAUUACAGCAAUGAUAAUUUUCAAGUACAUGUAUUAAUGUUACAAGCCAAGUUUAAAUGAAGUUUGGCCUUUUUUGGGCUUGAAUGCUUUUUUAUAUUGCUUAGAAUAUAAUAUCAAGAGGGAUAUUGGGGCUGAGUCAUUCUUAAGAUUCAUUGUGGUUUGUACAUGUAAUAUAUCUUAUUCAAUCAUUUCUAUUUUGUUGUAUUAGUUAAAUAAUUUGGAAGAAAAAUCAAGAAGUGCUGAUGCAAAAGCAGCAGAAAAAGCCCAACAGGUUAGCUGUUAUUAUACUCAUACUGAUCACAUAACUUUUUAGAAGUUUCAUGGCUCAAUAUAUUCUGUGUUGUUAUUUAUUUGCAUUUGCUUCAAUCCAUCCAUUGCUGUAGUAUGGACCACAGGACUUCAGACCAAACUUGAAUUUUUCUUUAGUUUGACCAGUUGGAUACAGCUGUUAUUGUUAAGUCUUGUUUUGUGGUAACCUUUCCUUUUGAUGAGCCUUUGGACUUUUUCUUGUAACAAAACUGUACAUCCUGGCAUACGCAUUCUCUAACUUAAGACUAUGCUCUAGAAGUCCCCGGUGAUGUUUGGCAUGCUAACUUUUCCUCCUGGGUGGCUUGAAAAUCUGUUUUGUUUUUUCAUAUACAUCACAUGCUGGGCAUCCUGUAUUUCACAGGUUCACGGCACUGGGCUCCCUUCAAUUUUCUUAGAGAAUAGCCUUGUAACCUACAGGUAUAAUAUCUUGUCAAAUGAAACAAUUUUUUGUUUCUUCUGCAUUAUAUUUUAUUGAUGGUUUUUCUAGGUGAAGCAUUUGGAGAGCAUGGUGACUGUGAAAGAUGAAACAGUUGCACAAUUAAGGGCUGAGCUGGAGGAUGAGGUAAUACAGGGUUCCUAUUCUGAGAUGGAGGCUGAGUGCCAAUUAGCCACUUUAGAAACAAGAAGGAAACUUGGCCAAGUUAACUUUCACAAGACUUCUGAGACAGUCACUCUGGAUAGGGAAAAACAUUGGCUAAUAGAUGAACUGCAUGUCCCCAGUAACAGCCUCAAAAACCAUUGAUCUCAACACUUUUUUGGCUCCAAGUCCCUUCAUGUUUCUAAAGUGGCAAAUGCACAUUUGAAAAUAGACUGUUUUGCAACUAGCACUCUAUAUUUUGUCUUGAAACCAUUCUCAACAUCAAAUGCAAAGUUCUUCUUGCAGCUAAAAAGGGUUUAGUGUUGUUUAGUUUUCUCCAAAGUGCGUCCUCGAUCUGAAUAACCACAAAUUGAUUUUCUUUUGUCUGUAAAUGUGAUGGUUUCCUGCAAUGUUUUGUCAUGCCAGGCCCAGCUUUUUAGUAUUUUUUGCAGGAUAUUAACUUUUGAAUUAGCUUAACAGUCGUAAGACUGUUCUGUUAUUGCCACUUUGUGAACAGGCAAGACCAUGGUUUCGGUUCUCCACGCGAACCUCAUCAGUUGCCGGGUUGACUUUGUGCUUAACUGGAUUUGUAAGAGCAACUCAAGUUGUUCUGUGCCAUGGCAAGACACCAGCCGUUCUGUCUAGCUGAGAUUUGACUUUGCCCCCCUCCCCCCUCACAGAUUGAAAAUUCUAGACUUGAAUACUUCAUGUCACAUUUUACCUCCCCAAAUCCAACUUUCUGGAGGUUUUGAGCUAAAAUUUCAUCCUUGCAGGCUUUUAGACCAAUUAAAAAGAUUUUGGGUAGAAAUAUAGCUUCUUUGGCGUAAAUUAACAAAUUUAACUUUGAAGCUGCAAUGACAAAACCUGCAUUGAUCGUUUAGAUUCACUGUGAUUUGUCCAUUCCUGCCGUCUGUGCGUUGUUUACUAAAAAAUUUUGACAAGUUGAGAAACUUUGUGUUGGUUCCACACAUGUCCUCUAAAGUUCACUUCUGCUCUAUGGAAGGCCAAACAUUUUAUUGGUCGAUUUAUGACAGCUGAUGACAGCAUCAAAUGUGGGUGCAUGCACUCAGGCAUGACAGGCCAAGUGCGCGGUUUUAAAAAUCCUAAGGUUUGUCUGCGAGUGUUUCCUUCCUUUUUUCCCCACCCCCUCCUCACUCUCUUACUUGCCACAUUUUUUGUGUGGUCUUUGACUCACGUUCCUUGUUCUUUGCUCCGAAACCACCAGAAAUGCUUGCUACGCAGGCUAAGUAAUCUUGGGUUUUUUUAUCUUCUAUGUAGAAACAAAGGCGGAUACUUCGUGAAAAGGAAGUUGAAGAUAAGGCAGCCCACAUCAAAACCUGGAUGCAUAAGAAGAUUUCUGAGGUAGGUUGCAUCAGUCAUACUAUGGAAAUCCUGUGAGAUGUUAUAACAUUGAUCAUAAAAAAUAGUGGGUUUAACCCAUUAACUGACGGAUUAUCAGUUAUAAUUGGAAAAAUCUCUUUAUAAGAAUUCCAAUUGAUUAUAUUUUUAUGUGACAGUAUGAGGCAAGGUUACAGGAGGAUGAAAGAAAGUUUCUGCAAUACCGAGACAUAAUUAAAGAAGUUAGCAGGGAGAAUGAGCAGCUUAGGAGAUUACAUACACAGGCUGUGAACAUGGUGCGAGAAAUUGAAACCAAACUUAAUUUUUCUCAAGGUGGGCGCUGCAUUUCUUUCUUCUGCUCCUUCACUAAACAUCCAUGCCACUGCAAAAUUGCAAUAGGCCAUUUAUGCGGUGGCAUUUAUUUUGCCAUAAGAAGGAACCAGAAUUCAUUUCAUUUUCCUUUUCUUCUUCAAUGUUAUUAGUGAUGUUUAAGCAUCAACAUGUAGAAACAAGGUAAAAUAACUACAGUCAAAUCCAUUUUAGAGCCCAUAAUAGCAGAGUGGGAACUUAUUUCAUUCAAAUCUCUGAGCUUGUUAUAUUUUUUCCUGGAAUUUUGCUGACGUCAGUAUUUGUGGGGACUGUCUGUUUUAAAAACAGUGAUAUGUCUUCAAGGCAUAGUGGAUAACUGAAAUUGAAAAUUUAAUAAUUUAUUGUUAUUAUAAAAUAUUAUAAUAAUAUUAUUUUUGAUAGCAGUACAUGUAUGAGCUAGCAGCUCAGUGAGCCCACAUAAACAGGUGCAGGACAUUGCACUACAGCUGUACAGUGUGUUUUGAAGGAAAUCAAUGUAUUAUUAACACUUUUAUCAUUUUGAUAGUUAAUACUGUAUUUGUUUGUUUGUUUGUUUUUAACAGAUCAAGUUAUCAGAUUAUCCAGGGAACUUGCUAAUGCCCAGUGUCAGGAUGGGGACUAUUCUGUCUUGGAACCUGAUCCAGAACAGCUUGAGUCUGGAUUUCAGUCAUUUCAAACUGAAAGACUGACAAGUCAGUCCUCAGUUGAUUCUACAAGCACUCUUGCACUCUCACCAAUAGCUAUCUCUCCUGAUUGGGGGGCAAGAACUUCAGUAGAUGAACAUGAUGAUGCUAAUUCAGGUUUACCUGAUCAACCUGUUGAAAUAAGAAUAAAAAGGACAUCAAGUGGCAAAUCGCCAUCUAAAAUUCCUCGAUUUGUUGGGAAUGCCGAAGAUCCCAGAUCAGCGCAAAUCUCAUAUUACAUGUCACUCAAGAGAGGGCUAAAGGGUGGGUCUCAGUCCAAGUUUUUCCUUCAGAUACAAGAUUCACACAGUCCUUACAUGCAGUUAUUGUCACCAGAGAAUGUUCCACUGAAGAAACAUUAUGAUAGCCAGUCAACACUGGAUUCUGAAGCUGACAAUGUCUUUGAAACUUACUUAGAACCUGUAAAUCACAUUGAUAAUUCAGAUGGUUUUCCAGCUCAGCUUGGGGAAUUGGUAGCUCUUCGAUUAGAUCAUCAAAGCACAACUCCCAGCAUAGCAGGAACUGAGCAAGAGGAUUUAUCUGACCGAUCAUCUAUAGGUUCAUUUAGAGAUCAAUCAGUGACUCCUAAUCCUAUUUAUCAAACUAUUGAACAAACUAUUGAAGAGUUGGAAUCAACAAGAACAUUUGUGGACGCUCUGACUGACAAUUUGUCAUCAAUAGAUAGUGGAUUACCACAGCCUUCACCCCCGCCAGCAUUACCUCCAAGGUUUGAGCCAGAAACUGUUUUACCACCUCCAGUUCCACCGAUUCCUAAGACAAACCAACAGGGAGUUGUUAGAAGAGAAUCUAAUUUUGCUAGCUACUUAACGGACACAGAGAUUCGAAGUAAAUCAGAACCACAAACAAGUAAAGAGAAUACUGAGAAUGUGACAUCUUUGGCACAGAUUGCUGUUCAGUCCUGGAUGUGGAAUGAUAAUUCAGGUAUGCUUCAAGGUUUUAGCAACAUGGGCAUCCAAGUGUCCUGUUUUUGAUCCAAGUUUUUUUUAUACAUUUUUGACACCUUCAGGUGGGCUCAAACAAAUUUUAAUUCCAGCUUGUCCUUUGGGCAAGCAGCUCUCAAAUUUUGCUUACUAAGGGCCACUUCUUGUUCAGUUUGUCUUAGUUAAUGAUUUUGUUAAAGAAUGACUUGCCGGGACCCUUUCCCAGAAAGAAAAUCUACAUGUCCUGAACUACCAGAGGGGUCUUUUUGGAACCCUGACCUUGGUUUUAGAACUGCUGACUUAAUGGAUUGGUGAUAUGUUUGCCAAUUUGGAAAAAAACUUUCUCCUGAGAGGUUCUAAUAAUACUGCUCCAAAUUUGCUGGAGGAGGGUUUUCCUCUGGACUUACAUAAACCUUGAGGGUGGGGUCUUUCCCCAAGGUCCCUUUUGUGGAUGGUCACUAUAACUUCCUGUGUUAACCCUACCAAGCAUCAGCAGUUUCAAUAAGCACUGACGACCAACAAAAUGCAUCGGCUAGUUUGCUUAGAGCAGUCGGCUACUUUUUUCCCCGAAAAAGAAGCAAUUAAUUUUUAAAAUUUCAUAAACAAAAAAUAUAUCAUUAAAUCUGAGUUAAAAUGUAAGUUGAUUAUGAUCUGCUUUCAAGGUCCACUGAUAUGUUAUGCUUUAGUUACACCUGACGUGCUUCUGGUCACACAAACACUGUAUUUCAGUCAAUUUUUCACACAUUUCUUUGUAGGUUUAGGCAGAAUUUGUUUAUGUGCAAAUGUACUUAAUUUUGAAUAUUGACAUUUGUUCAUUGUUUGUAAGAAUUGAUUGUGUGGCUAUGAAGCCUGAAUGAAAACAGCAUUUUCUUGAAUGAAAAGCAGACUCUUCUGUUCUCAAUUUAAUCCCCGGAAUACUGGAAAUUGCAUUUUAAGGUUUUGAAAUUCCAAAAUUUUCUGGGGGAACAAGCCCCCAGACCCCCUUAGAAGAAAGGGACUAUUGGCCGCUUGUCGAUGCAGUUGGUUACUCUAUUCAAACCUGCUGGCUACUUCAAUAUUAUUGAAACCCCUGCAAGCAUACAUGUACGUGUAUGCAUUGUCUCUUUUGGAGGUGUGAUAUUUACAAUACCUGCUGUCUUCACAUGUAUUGAAAGAUUGAUGGGAUGAAUAGAGGCAACCAUGGUUGGAGUUGUAUAUUUUAGAGAAAAAAUACGCAAAAGUUAUUUAAAGGCUUCUGAUAUUAGACCAUGGUAGUUUUUCAUAAUACUGUAUUGCACUGUUCAAGUUUACAGAGUUAAAAAAGAGGGAAUUUUGCUUUCAGUAUACACACAGGUGGAACUAAAUUUUGAAUGUUAAAAGUUUAUCAUGUUAUUAUUUUCAGGUUCAGAUACCCCUCCAUUUGGUACACUGGACAGAGCCCAUAAAGAGCUCAACAUGUUGACGGUGAGAAAACUAAAGGUGUUGUUACAUGCUAACAGGGUUGGCGUUGUCAGGGAAAAGUCAGUGCAUUUUGCCCCAAGUCAGGGUCAAUCUUAGUUCUGAACACAGCCAGUCAGGAAAUUCUAUUUUAAGGCUGCUGUAGCAAUGUAGAUGGGCAUUAAUUAAAGACAUCAUUUUGGGCCUGUUAUUUAUGAUCCAUGAUCUAUAACUGGUUUAAUUCAGUGAAAAAUCCAGAUAAUUUUCUCCACAAAAAAUGUAAUAUUAAAAGAUAUGGAACAAGGCUGUGGUUUAAGAAGAGUUUCAAGGGAGCACUCCCAUUGCUCUGAAACCUAUAAAAUCCAGGGUGCCUUGCAUUAGUUUUAAGCAAAAACUAAACUUUCCUAGUUGCCCCUGCCAGUAUCACAAAAUCUUAUACGUUCAAGCAUCCUCUUGGUUAUUGCAUUGUCAUCUGUUCAAUGCACCAUUUUAUUAUUAGUCGUUAAUAAUUAAUUUUAUUAAGGUAAUAGUUUUGUCAAACAGUUGUUUGUUUUUGUUUUAAUAUUAUUUUGUCAAUGUAGUAUUGUUAUCCAGUAGUCACUUUGUGUUUUAUCUUUGGUUGAAUUCAAUAUUUUGUUUUUUGAAUUUACUAACUAGUAUUUUUUUAUUCAAAGUUGUUUAACCAUAUUAAUGAUAACUUUUUCUUUACAAUAUAUCGGUACUGUUUAUAGUCAUUAUCAUUUUUCCUUGCUUGUUUGAUCUGACCAGUUAUUUUAAUUUGCAGUUGUGUUAGUUGUUGGUUUUAAUUUGUAGUUUUUAUUUUCAACAUACUCACAGGAACAAACCUGUCCUGUUUACACCACAUUGAAAGGGGUAUGUGUUUGUUUUGUUUCAUGCUUUUUUGGCAUGUAGUUCAGCACUCUCAUCCUAUUUCCACAAACACGUAACAUACCAAUUUUUUUAUUACUUCUUAUAAAUAUUGCCUACUGUUUAUUCAUUUUAGAUUGCUUUGUAUUAAAAUUGUUGAAUAUAACAUUCAUCAAAACUCAUCAGUUCUCAAAGUACUGUUAAUUGUUAUUAUAAUAAUAUUAUAUUAAAAUCAAUAAUACAAAUAGUUUGUUGAUAAUGAAAAAAAUUAACAUAUUUGAUAAUCAAUAAAACAGUUUUGUCAGGCCUUUGAUAAGAGAAUUUGAAAGAGCUUUAAUAUUAUUUAAAUGGGAUAAUAACUGCGAGGUCAGGAUAAGUAACUGAUUAUUAGUUUACUCAUUUUGAAUGUCACCUGGACGUGAUUUUCAGUUUUGUAUAAAAAGUUUGACUACUUAAAUGUAAGCUUCUCCUCAAGGCCCUAAUAGUUUUUGCUUAAGCAUCAUUCAAUAUUAAUUAAGAAGUUCGUUGAAACUUUGUCUGACCUGCCUUGGCAUUUUAAUCACCAGCUUGAAAAUUAACUGUUGUAUUCCUGAGGUCAAAGGGAAAACUCUUUCCAUGCCACUUAGAUAUAAUUUUGAGAAGCACAUUUGUAUACAUCACUAAAUUGUUGAAAAUCAAGUCAUUUUUGAUGAUAUAAGCCCUAAGAUCAAGUGCAUUAAAAUUACUCCAGUGGCCUUAAAACAUUCUGGAAAGGUUGGUUUAAUAUUGAGUGACAUUUUUCUGUAUGAACCAUACUGAUUUUGCACUGCUUUCUAACAUGGUUAAUCAUACCUGUUUUCAUUACUUAUUUCAUCUAAAGGCAAGGAGGUGUAGUGCAAUCUUUGUGGUAAGUGCACUAUUGAAUGAAAUCCAAAAGUAAAAGGUCAAAGCUUUACCUGCUGUACCUGUGUUGUGUGAUGUACAGGACAGGCACUUGUGCACCACUGAUGGUCCCGGACUAACUUAAUUAGUUAUUAAUAAACUGUCACCUUUUGAGGAUUGGAAUGAAGGCUUUUUGCUUUUGUCAUUUGUUGUUAUACCUGUCAAAACUGGAAAGAUGGAUGGAACUAUGAUGCUUGCUCAAGAUUACUUGCUUUAUUGCCUCCUGGUUACCACAUAUUUGAAAAGAAAAAAAACUAAAAAGUUAAACAUUAAAAAAUGUUUAAUUUAAAAAUUUAAAAAUUGCCUGUAGAUGCUGUAGUAAAAAAAAAAACGCUAAGAUAGUUUUAGAGGUGAGCCCUUGAAAAUAUACAUAUAUUAAAGGUUAAACAAAAAAGUAAACAAUAUAAAAUAAAAUAAAGGUUAUUUUAAAAUAUUAAAAGUAAAAAAUGGUUUUUAAAGAAUAUCGGUAAUCUAUUCAUAGCACCUGCUAACAUUGCUUUUUUUAAUAGUCACUGUUAAUGUUAGGGUCUGCAUUUGCAAUUUUGAAUGUUCAAAGACAAAUCCAAUUUUUGUUUCUUGGUCCCUUUAAAUUACAGUUUUUGAUUAUAAUAUUAAUUAUUCAACAGAGAGCUUCUCAGCUGCGCAAGACACCAUUUUCAGGAGAAUCAACUGAUUCAUCUGACACUGAGAGCACUGCUGGGGAUUACUGUACUCCACCUGAUGAACUCUCGCCAGCUGAAGAACGUUCGCAACUUAAAGAAAAAACAGAUCAGGUCCUUGAGGAAACUACACAAGUGUUAAAGACCUGUGCUACAUACACCACUGUUAGUCUGAAAAAGGUAAUGAUUUGUAUGAUUGAAUUCACCAUAGUCAAUCAACACGUCAACCCAACCCCUUUACCAGCCAGCGCCUAAAGAAAUACUCGCCCUGUGACUGACAAGUCUUCUCAAGUUACCCAUGGAUCUCUCCAAAUUUGAAAUUGCUGAAAUCAGGAAAAAAAUCCUUGUUAAGUGAGCACUAUGAGGCUUAUUUUUGUUCCUGAUCAUAUAGGGAACAGGUGGAUUCCAUUGUUUGCUGUGCUUCUGUUAAGAUUUAGAUUGCAGAAGUGGUCAAAAUAUGGUAAAAUCAUCAGUGGCUAACAGUGGAGUGGGCCUCCUUGGCUAAUUCUGUCCUGUUGUUAACACUUUUGAUGGCAUCUGUAAAUUUACAGCUGAACAUACUGACACUGCAAAUAAUGCCUGCCAUUCAAUGGCCUUUUUUUUGUUCAUUUUGUGAUGAGGGAAGUAAUUUUGGAAAUGUCAGUCUAUCAGAGAGUACCGUUAGGGAAAGAAAGUUUCAUGUCUUUUUGUAGGGAGACCAGAAAAAGGAAGGCUAUCUAACCAAGCUAGGAGGCCGUGUAAAAAACUGGAAAAGAAGAUGGUUUGUUCUUCGUGAUGGUAAACUUUACUACUAUAAGACAGAGGUAAAAAAGUUAUCCAAUAUUACUUUAUUUUAAGUCUGUCUUUUAACCUUAGAGCUAUAAGUUUUAAGAUUCUACUAACUUGAUCUAUUCAAAGUAAUUGGUUAGUUUACUUUAAGGUGAAACAUGCAGAUAAAAAAUUUUAAUCCAAAUAUAUUUUGACCUGUUACAUUUACAUAAACCCUAUAAAGUCUGUACCAUAUCACUUCCUUUCAACUGAAUGAGAAAACUGCUUCUUAACUCAUGUUGUUUUACCAAGUGAAGGAGAUGCAUUUGCACAACCCUGACUUUCUGCACAUCACAAGGGAAAUUCCUUACACAUAAUAGCCUGGUGUCCCUCUUAAGCAGAUGUUCAGCAUAGCAUUGAAUGAUGUUGAAAAGUAUGACAGCAAUUGACUUUGUUGUUCUCUCAUGACGUGAUCAACUUUUCGAAUUUUCUGUUGUAGCAUGAUGUAAACAGAAAACCUCUAGGACAGAUUCCAUUGGAUGGGACUUGCAGAAUUGCCAGAACAGAAGGUGCACUCACAUUUGAAGUAAGAAACAUUAAUAUUUUAUUUCUGGCAAAGCCCCAGGCUAAUACACCUUCGUAAGGGUUUUUAGUGAGGACAUAUCAAAAAGGGGCAUUUCUAUCCAGGGGAGGCUUUUAACUAGACUCAAAAAAUCAUUUCAAAACAAGCUAUAUAGCAGUGCUGAUCCAAAUACUUUUUGAAUUUACUCGCUUUUUUAUGCUUUGAAACAUUGUAAAAAAAUGGAAUUCAUUUCAGUACAUGCUACAGGGGAGCUUAUAUCUGGAGGGUGGGGGCCAGCCUUAUAACCGGCUGUAUUUUUUUGGUUUACUGGCAAAUGGUAUAACUGGGGGGAAUUACAAGUGUAGGGGUGCUUAUAAGUUGAAGUUUACAGUACUCAAUUUUUUCAGGCCCUCUUUUUGCAACCGUAAGUAGAAAUAAGUAAAUGAACUUCUUAACAUUUAUCAUUCAGUUACAUUGGCUACCAUAAGACUCCUAGCUUAGGAUCACUUUCUAUAAUUACCUUCAUGUUAUAGCUAAUUUGCAUACAAUCCUUAACUUAAAGGUUGCAACGCCAAAGAGAACAUUUUACUUAACUGGCGAGACAAAGGAAGUCGUUGAUGAGUGGCUCAGAGGUAAUAAGAAUAAUUAUUAUGAAACUUUAAUAACAUAUAGUAUAAUUAUUGAUAUUAAAUUCAUCCAGUUUAAGGUUAUUUAUUCAUAAGCAGGGCUACAUCACAAUUAUGAUAUUUAGAUUAAAAUCUGAAUGCUUAUGAAGCAAAUUCUUUUUGCCCACUACAAUUUGACUCCUGGGUGUGCUGAAAUGACUAUGCUGAAGUCAACAGAGACAAUGCUUUCAAAGAAGCAGAAACCCAGAUUAGCAUUGAAAGCAGGAUAAGCAGUGACUGGCUUUCAAACAACAUCAUUACCGUGCUCCAUGCUUUUUAUUAUUAUUCAUUCUUUCAUUCACUUAUUUCUAAGAUUUAUAUAUUUUUAGUUUUGCAUAAUGUGAUGAGAAAGUUUUCAAGCACUCCACUCUUGCAAGCUAGUGAAAAAGAAAUCAUGAAAGGCUGGCUAACAAAGGUGAGACUGAUCAAUCAAGUAAAUUUUAGUCCCAGAGUUUUGCAUACUCAGGUCUACUUGCUGGCUGAAUGGACCAGUUUCAAAGAUUCCAAUAUUCAUGCUCGACUCUGAGCCUAAGGAAAAGAAAAAGAAUUAAUCUCAGUGCUAUUUAUUUUGUAUUAUACCCGCCCAGCCGUUGAGCCAAGUAAGAAUUUUUAUCGUUCAAAACCAGACUUUCAGUGCGUGAAGUCCUGAGUUCGAUCCCCGGUGACAUCACAACCUUGUUUCAACUUCUCUCCUUUCUGUGUAGCUUUGACUACUGAGCUUUAAAUACCCUUAAAGCAGAGCAUUGAUGGAGAGAGGGGGGUGUAAAAUGAGUGCACAGUUGACCUCAAGUUUAUUAGUUAUUACUGUCACAAGUUAUCGACGUGAAAUAUGGUUGCUUUUCCUUUACCUUCAACCCGUUUAUUAAAUGGGUUACGUGAUGGCUGUCUGAAUAGUUAAUUUUGUCAAUAAUGCCACAUAUACUUCCUUGUUUGCUACACAUACAUACGUACACAGUUUACAGGUAGCCAUUACCACACCUGAUAGAGGAUCAUGAGGUUCUCCCUAUAUUAAGAUCUCUCCUUACAGAUAACCCACCCAGCCUGGGAAAGGUUGGCCACACCACCAGGGUCUACAUCCCCUACCCAACUUAUUUAUAAGAAAUUACUUGUGAAUGACAAAUUCCAGCUUCGUGUCAAACGUUAUUGCAAAAGAUUUUGUAGAGGCUAUGAACUCAAAUUGCAUUUUUGGACCUGACAAACGAGAAAUUGAGAAACUGAAAAGUUCAUUUUCUGCCUUAUUGGUCCCAACCCUGAACUCAAUUUCUAUUUUCAGGCAAUGACAGGUCAGGAUGUCAUACAGCAGUGUUAACCCUUUAAACCCUAAGGCCAAAAUUAAAUUCUCAUUUGUUGCCCGUAUUCAUUUCCUACAGAAGUAGUGGGGAGAAGAUGAUAAAAUAUCAAGCAAAUUAAUCUUGUGUGAUCAUGUCCGUAAUUCUCAUGACCACUCUGUUUUACAAAGCAUUGAUAUUACAAGGAGAAAUUUGAUGCUGAUCACUCUUAGGGCUUAAAGGGUUAUGCUUAUAAAUCGUGUGGGAGAAAGAUGAGACAAGAGUCCCCAUUCUAAUAGCCUGUGUAGAUGGCAUGUGAUAAAUUUAAGGAAUGAAUAAAAACAGUUGCACUGCCCUUGUCCUCCUCUAUCAUGCUCAUCUUUUGUCUCACGCCCCAUGUUUUUUUAUGCACCUGCCAUGCAUGUUAUCAUUCUAAACCACCAGCUUAUUAAAUCCCAAAUUUACUCGGGGAAAAAUACUGUGGCAAAAUAAUAUAUAUUAAUUUAAAACAAAUUUCUCUGUUUCUGACAUAGUAUCCUAGGGAAAAUGUUGCUUAGAGAGGACAGAGGCAAGGCUCACCACUAGAUAGUGUAAACACAAAGCAUUGACUUGGGUGCUAUUUAGCUGCAUUCCUGUUACUGAUUUUGUUUUGUUCGCCGAAAGGUUAAACAUGGUACAUCCAAGAAAUGUUGGACUGUUUUACGUGGACAGUACCUUUGUUACUACAAGAGUGAAGAUGAUGUGGUAAGUAAAGGAGAAUUCUGUUUCAGUUAAUAACAACUCCAUCUAAUAAUUUGAACACUCACAUGUAUGUAUUAUUCAUUUGGUAAAUGAACAAAAAAUUAAUGUAAAAUCACUCACUCUGCCCUGAAUCCCAAAGUGCUGGUCAGCGACCUUUCUCGCUGCUUCGCAACUCACUCUGGCAGCUCUGCUGCUCAACUCCCUGGCUCCCAAACAGGGAAACAAUCUCUGACACCUAGGGUAUAUUAACCCAGAUAGCAUUGUUAUCAAGCUCCAAAUGUUGAAUGGACAAAAUUCUCACAACAUUAUUGUGAUGCUGUGAAGGACUUGAACCCAGGAGUCAUUUCAAAAGGUUGAGUUUGAUCGUCCGGGUGAACGUAGUCCUGAAUAGGACUGUUGUUGUUGACAGAUGGGUGUACUGUAAUAAUUAAAAUCAAUCAAUCAAUCAAUUUAUUCAUGUCAUAACAUAAGAUGGGGUUGCUCCGAGUAUCCAAGCCGGAGACUCGUGCAUAAAAUGCAUGACAAAAUAUUGUUUCGGCUGUAGAGUGAGGCGUUUAACUGUUUGUGUUAACUGGUUGUUGUUAAACACAGAUGCCCUUUAGCAUGACACUCAUGAUUGAUGUGAUAGUGGAGGACAUGGAGUCACCUGAUUCUGAAGAUGGUUUGGAUAGUGAACCAAUACCUUACCGGCACUAUACACUGGUGAUGAAGUCACUCAAACAACCCGCUAGCACCUACUUGUUGAUCGACUCAAAAGAGGAGAAGGUAAUCUACAAUGGAGGUUAUUAGAAGAUGUGGCUUGUGGGUCAUAAGUAUUACAUUACAGUAUUGAUGGGCCCAUCGUGUUGCAGUAUGACGUCAAAGCAAAGUAUCGAUGUGUUUCUAGAAAGUCAGUUUUCCGGCAUGAAGUUUUUUCACCCGAGCGUUUGCUUACCCAACCAAAAGCCAAGCGCGUUUGUAUCCGGUCGAUAAACCAAUCAAAUCGCUCUAUUUCCGUUAGUUUGUUGUUUCUGUUUUGUUCGCGCGUUUUUAUUUCAAGGUCAUACGAAAAUCGCUCUAUCUUCAAUUAUCUUUAAAUCUUCAUAGGACUCUUGGUUGUUCCAUCUUAAAGUCGCAUCAGGCAGCGGGAUUGAUGACAUGGGCACAGAGUUUGAGAAGCACAUCUUUGAACUCAUCUCUCAAGACUGUGAUCCUGGUAAUACAUAUUUACUUUUCUCAAAUAACCUUUCCAUAAAACUUCUCGUUUCUUGAUUGGAAGUGUUUAUUGCUUACUAACUUCGGGCGAGAUGACUUUCGGGCAACUUCACCAGUUACCUGCUAAAAACUAGUAUGCUGGACACCCUAGACAGUUUUGUCAGAGCUUAGCCUUAAAACGAUUUUUCCUCAGAGUCCAAUUCAUAAAUAGCCUGCGAACCGCAGACGUAUUUCCCGUCGUCGCUUCUCUCCUUCCUAAAAAUUCGGAGGGAGAGAAGCGACAACCGGAAAUUCGUCGGCGGUUCGCAGGCUAAUUCAUAAAAUUUGUGGCACUGAAAGUGAAAUAAUUCAUAAUUUACUUUUACUGAACAGGUAUAAUCUUUUUUACCAUUUGUAUUUUAUUUUAUUUUCCAGAGAGUGAAACGUGGAAUAGCUAUGUUUUGAAUCACGUAAAAGAAUUAAUUACCGAGCCGCUCACUACUCUUCCAUCUAAGGAACUUGAGGAUGAAGCCCUCAAACUUUUCAAGGUUGGAAAGCACACGAUUACUCUAGCUGCUUCAAUUUGUUAUUCAGCGUUUUGCAAAUUAAAAUGUGUUAUUUUUUUUUGUUUCUUAGACUGCGAGCAGUCUUUUAUUUUUCUUCUGAGUCACAGUAGAUCGAGAGUACGCGCGAGAAACGAGGGCGGAAGCCCCAUCUCUCCUCCUUUUUUAUCUAUUUGAAUUUCUAUUGACGGUGUAUACUAUUUUCCCUAGUCCGUGCACCUGUUUACAACUGUGCAGACAGAAGAAGCAGCCAUCGAUUAUCACGUGUCACUAGCCCAGAAUGCCUUGCAGAAAUGCCUUGAUCAUCCUGAACUUCAGAAUGAGUUUUACUGCCAACUGAUUAAACAAACCUCAAAACAUGUGCAUAGGGGACCUCAGGAUUUGGGCGUAAGUGUUUUUGCUUCCCCAUCCCUUCUUUUUCUUUUUAACUGUUCAAAGGCCGAUUAUGGCUAAUGUCGGGUUAUUUAACGCGGUGACAACUCACAUGGAUUCUUUGCAAUUAACCGAGGAUUAGAGGAUUAGAGGAUUAGAGAACUCGGCCCCAAAGUAUCUAUUGCUUCCUUUGGGAACCAUUUCCACUCAUCCCCUCCCUAAUCCAUGUCCUAACUUUUUCAAUCAAACCCUUACCACUACUCGUUCAGGAGCAAGUUUCUUUCCUUAGAGGCGUUGUAAGAGUCACAGAAGGAAAAUCUUGAUCACCACAAACACGUAUAAAUCUAAAAGGGCAAUCGCUACUGCAAACAAACACUUGCUUGUGUUGAAUACAGGUGCUGGUCUAUGAAAACCUUAAGUUAAUUGUUUUGUGCCUGAUUUAUCACUAAAAUAAAUGCAAAGAAGCUUAGCGCAGCACAUCGCAGCUAAAGGCGCAACUUUAAUAUGUAGUUGCGAAAAGAAAGCUUAAAAAAUUCAGGCUUGCCGCGAUUGGAACCCUGACCUCUGCAAUACCAGUGUAGCGCUCUAACUUAUAAGAGCUUGCAAGCCAAUGGGAGGUGGUCAAAAAUUGGUCUGUAAUAUACCCGGGAGAGAUGAAGAUGAAGUGAUGAAUAUAUGAAUUUCAUAUUUUAUUAUGGCUCAUAAAUUACCGUUUGGACGCGCUGGAGAAAAAGAAAAAAGAAAACUCCUCGGACAUUAGACCGCGGCGGAAUUACGCUGCUGUUUUCUACACCUUGAACGAAAACAACAUCUGUUAACAUCCCUGUUCUGUCUCUCUGCAGCAUUUCUUGGAGCAUUGUGGCAAGUCAUCGUGGUUGAGGGAAGAUUCGUUCGACAUUUCAUCACAGGCCACCAUCGAUCUGCGCCCAGUUCAGGAGCAUGUCUAUGUCCAGGCCUGGCAGCUUCUUGCACUCUGCACCGCGUUGUUUGCCCCUAAACAGAAAUUUUUGCUUUUUCUCAAGGGGCAUUUAAACAGAAGUUCGACAUUAAGGUAGCUGUUCAUGAUUUCCUGUUACUAGAGACCUUUAGACGACUACUAGGACGAGAUUUUCUCAAUACUAAGGGCGUGAAUCAGCGUCAUUUUGGCGGGAAAACGCGGUAGUCGUCGUCACUCUCUGCCGGGUUUAGCCAAAAAAUUGAAGUAGCGGAAACAAGUUAUCAAAUGUUAGAAGUUUUAUCAUUUAAAAUUUGCGAUCGGGAGAGGGCUUAACGUCCUUCAAUAAAAGUAACUGGGUUAAAAUUUCUGGUAAAAAAAAAGAAAGUAAAAUGAAGCUUUUCGGGGUGCCUAUUUUUGAGAAUACGCGAAAAAAAACUCAAAUCUCGUCGUAGUCCUCGAAUCUAAAAGUCUCUACUCUUGUUGGAAAUGAAUGGUGUAAAGUGAGACCCAGCUGAGUUCAGAGCACUAUCACUGAAUAAAAUUACUACCGAUACUUAAUAUUCCUCUUCCCUUAAAGGGCUUUUCAGAGAGUAGGAAGCAAGUAAUUCAAAUUAAACAUAGCAGGUCGGGUUAAGAAUCGCAACUGGCCGAAGGCAAACUAGUUGGCCACUUGCCAGGGUAGCCGAGUAUUUGAGCUACCGACAUCCAGUUAGCUCUUUGGGCGGGACUUGAACUCGGGGCCUCCGGAUUGCAAGUCGGCCACGCUGCCUGCAGCUCCUACAUAAUAAUUGAAUUACUGACAAUCUUUUUGCAUAGGAUAUUAGUAGUUUAGUGCGUGAUAUUUUACUCUUUUUCUAAAGAUCUUCUUUAGGUAAGGAUUUCCCGGAGGGGAUUGGCUCAAAGUUGUGAUCACGUGAUUUCAUUGGCCACUGAAACAUACGGUUUGGAUAUCAUUUGUUUUCCUCUGUAGAACAAAGCUUGGAAAAUAUGCCACCUAUUGCCUUAGAAGCUUGGAAAGAACGUUGGCUAACGGGAAAAGAGAGGCAAGACCAUCAAGAAUGGAGGUAAUGUGUAGGAAUAAAAACUCCACUAAGACUUGCCUAGUCUGCACCAAUAAUGGUUAGAAGCAGUGAAACAAAAGACGAUUGUAUGAAUUGAACAAUUGCUUCAGUAGAUUUCCUUUCGCUGAGCGUUAAGCCUCCCCGUUCAUCGUGGCGUCGUUUAACAUUGCAUGUGCGCACGAAAUCUGGCAAGCCAAGAUGUAGCGAGCUCUUCUCUGAAGAUGACAGAGGAUGGACCACUGUCCUCACAAAACUUGAAUAGAAAAAGAGAAAUGCUCGUGUUUUUAAGUCGCUUGUUUGUGGCUUUAACAUUCUGCAAUAUUUUUUAUGCAAUAUGGAUUGCUUAGUAAGACUGCUUUUUUCUUUGUUCCCUCCCUUUAGGUUUAGUGUACAUAAAUGAUUCAGUGCAUUUGUCUUCUUAUUCAUUUCAUGGUCGUUUUUCUGCAGGUGUUGUCUGUUCUUCUCCACAGGCCAUAUGAUCACUCUUGUUCUAUGAGCAUUCCAGUUCACUUUAUCGACGGCACUACUCAAGUAAGUCAAACGUUGGGCGACUUGGUCUGUUAUUAUUAAAGUAUUGUUUUACUAGUGCACUAAAGGGCCAAGUGUAAACCAGCGGAUUUGCCCACAAAAAAAGAGUGGUUUUCGCACGGUUUUGUGGUCGAUUCGCUACAGGCCCACAGUCGUCCAAUAUUUAGAUACCUAGUCGUUAACAAUUGAGCGCCAACAUAGCUGUCAUAUUAUUUUUAGCCAGUACGGUCGAAAGUGUGAACACCAUAACCGGCUAGACUUUCCUACGUCAAAGGUGUGGAGUCCUAGGAGUUUAAAACCACUUGAGGAUGGUGUAUUUGAAAAGCUAAUGUUUCGGUAUGUUAUUGUAAUUUAAGGUAUUUGGUUUUGAUGGCUCGACCACAGUUCAAGAAUUCUCUCAGACAAUCAACAGAGUAAGUUGUAGUGGCAUGUUCUUGCUUUCUGUCGAUGAAAAUGGAAGUCUAUGGUGUAAAUAGACAUUAAAUUCACCCGUAUCUAAAGUAUUUACGUUUAAACAUGUAGAGCGUUUUUUUUUUUUCAACUUAACCAGCUAUGUCUAAAGCCGUAACAAAGGGCUGUUCGAGAAGUGGUUGUCAAUGUUAAGCUGGAUACUUGCGACCUGGUUUGGCAAGGCAUUUUUCUUGUCGUUGAUCUUCACAGUGUGGAGGAGUGUGUCAUAACUUACAAGGCUGUGCUCUAAUAAAAUACGAAGGGAGCCUAGGGGUCAUUUAAAUAAAACUCUUACAAGUGUAAUUUACAAGUGUAGCUAUUUUUUUGAGACUCUAAAACGUUGGCUACACUUCUAAAGGUUUUAUUAAAUUGAUCCCAGUUCUCUAAACCUGAGAAAUCGAGGGUUCUCAGCAUGAAAUUUCGGUAUGCACAAACUAAGCGUUAGUUUUCUAGUCGCCCAAGAGCAAAGUAAGGUGCCAGGGGCCACUGGGCGCUGCUAAAGCACAGUCCUAAUUUAGCUUGCUACAAGUUUCUUUGUGCUUCUUACGCUGCCUUUUAUGCCUCAACUGUUUCCUUAUGGUCGCGCCUUUGGUUUAAUUCACAAGCUCAUAGUCUUUUGUCUUUUUCUUGUAGUGUUAAGUUAUUUUGAAUUCUAGGAUUUUCUUGAUAAAUCCCUCCCUAGUUGUUACCAGUAAAUUUAUAGAAGUUUUAUUACUUUCGUUCAGAUGAUGGGUAUUCGUACUCCACCAGAGAGUGGCUACGCGCUCUUCACAGAUAACCCCGUCAACGCAGUGGAACAUUGCUUACAAGCCAGUGUAAAGGUUGGUAUUGCAAGAAACGGUCCUGAACAUGCUUUCACAAAUUCGAGAUAAAGUGUUAUCAGUCACCAGCAGACGAGAUAGUUGCGUUCCCUUCCUCCAAAUUUGAGCAGCAUCAAUUUGAUUAUUUCGGGCGUAAGAUUUAUAAUAUUUCUAUGCACGGAUUUACACCCUUAGCUCACGUAAUCGCAAAAUGAUGAUCUAUAAACUUCCGUAUGUGGAUAUAAAACGUUUUGUCGUUUACCCAGGAAGUGAAGAAAAUUUUUUAUCGCUUUGAAGUCUCUCAGUCAGAAAAAUUGAUUGAAUUUCGCGUAAUUGGUGACUGCGUCCCUUCUCGCUCUGUGAGUUAUAGUAUACGUUUUUCCUUUAUUUCUUCGUUAUACAGCUGUGUGAUGUGAUAUCAAAAUGGGAACAAGCCAUGCGUCAGAGCCAGGGGAGACUGGACACGAGUAGGGUCAUCAAACUGUCCUACAAAAACAGGUGAUUAUUAACGGAAGCUCACUCGAAGAGAAUUUCGUUUGACAGAAUAGGCUUUUCCAAAAAAUACCAUAGUACUCUCUAAUGUGCCUGGUUAGAGACGUCCUUGGACUUAUAUUCAGGAGGGUCUUGGCUCGAGCUGCACGUGCAAAGUAUCAGAUUUUGUACAAUUUGUAAACGUAGAAGUUGCAAACGUGAACGAAAAUAUGGUUUUGUGCAGUGUUUUGUUUUCUUUUAGAUGACUACUUUAAGUUACAAAUAAGUGCGAAGGUUGCUUUCACCACCGAACAGUCGGUGUUCAUGCAAAAGCUGUCCAUGCACACAAACUCUGAAUUCAGUCAUGCUAUGUCAGCAAAGGGCAUAAGAAGAACUGCACCUACUGACCUAGGCGAGGCUAAACCCGCGCAUUAAAGAUUGUUAUGGUGGUAUUUUUCGGAAAGAGCUAUUAGGUGGGUUUUUUGGUGACAUUCAUGGGUUUUGGUGACUAUCAAAAGGAUAGUCUGUGUCAGUAACAUUUAAUCAUGGACAUGACUGGCUCAUAAAAAUGCAGACUUUCAGUGGUCUAGCAUUUGCCAAAUAGACACCUCUUCUUUUACGGUUUAAGUUCGACAAAUCCAAUAUUAAAAACGUCACCUUGCGUCAUUAGGUCACAAAGGAAACGGCGUUUUCAGGCAUCACCCAAACGGGUCUGUAAUUGAUGUUUUGUACUUUAUCUUUCUCCCAAGAUUACACUUUAAGAGCCUCAGCAGCACAGAGACGGAGAAGGAGAGAUUUUUCCUAGUUCUUCAGGUGAGGAAUUCUAUUUUUUGUGCUCAUGUAAUAUGCUUAUCUCGUGAGGUCUAAGAGUGACUCCAGCUCGGGGGACAAGGAAUUUUUAUCACGGAAUCAGCUAAUGAUAAAAAAGCUCACGUAAAGCUGGAGUAUAACAUGAAGCUCGAAUGACUCCGCCCUAUCCUUGGCACGACGAGGCGGCCAGUGACUUUAUUGCGAAAGUAUAAACUGAACUUCCGGUCAAAACCUCUAUCAAUUGGCAGGAACAUUUUAGCAACAACUAAUUCAAAAAAUCAAUUUUUUUUUUCAUUGAGCCCCAUGACAUUCUCUCCCUGUGACAAACUACAGCUGGCUGAGCCUGGGGCUCUGGUGAUAGCUUGUCUUAUAGAGGAAACCUAAACCUUAACUUUUUGCAAAUAGUUAAGUCGAUCAUAUAACAUGAUGGCGUAUAACGUCUGCGGAGGGACUGGCCAGUUCCAACUCGAUUUUAAUUUUGUUGGCACUCUAUCCUAACUACGCGACUACUGAAAACUUACAUGAGUAUUGUACUGCAAAUGGUAAAAGCUUUCGGUUUAUUUCUUAACUUUUGAAAUAUAUAUGCAGCCGCUUCAGAAACCACAAUGUUCUAUUUCUUUUCAGCGAUAAUUGAUUUAUGGUUUUGAUUCUUGCAGACAAAUGCUAAUGUUGUAAAAGGACGAUUUCAAGUAAGCAAAGAGAUGGCGCUGGAGUUUGCUGCUCUGAUGGCUCAGGUAAUAAACCUUUUCUUUUUACCAUCUUUGUGCAUAAUGGUUAGUAGUUUCUCUCUUUUUGUUAAAAGAAGCUUAGGAUUGAGGGUGAACCUAAAGGGCGAUCGCGAAGGUGGGCGUUCGAUUUUCAAUACAGUAUGCUGUUCAUAAAAAAAACACGAACGAAUUACAGCACUCGCGCUGCUUUGCAGGCUUUAUAUAUAGGAGCUUUAAGAGAGGCACCUAUAUUAAUAUAUCGACUGUUUUCUUCAGUUUAUGUCUGAUCAUUUACGUUUGAUUUUAGAUCACUUACGGUGACUACAGAGCUCAUACAAAUUCGCUACCAAGUACGAGAAUUGAAAUGGUUAUCUCUCAGUUUUGUGCGAAGACGUUGAAAGAAGAAACUGGCAAGCGGUAAGAAAUUAUUCAACGUUAGUGAUUGAUCUAUAGUUUGUGUUUCGAUACCGAGAUCAUACUUUCUUGUUUACCAGUGUUUCACUGUUGCCAAAGGCCUUUUUGUUUUUGUUCCGGAUUUUCCUCUUUUUUGCGGACUAUCCUUCAGUUUCUGGUCAGUUAGGUUCUGUGGGCUUGUUUUCCUAUUAUUUUUCCUUUUCUCUGUUCUCUGGCCGUUUCACCCGUUCUCUUUCUUGAACCUUUCCCCUUGUUUGUGUUGCCUUUCCUUUUCGUACGAGCCUUACCCCUGUCCUGUGGGCUUUAUCGCCCGGUGACGCAUUUUUGACAAAGGAUUUAUUUUCUUCCUUUUUCAGAUCGCUAACUUUGCGCAUGGCCGAGAAGUGGUCGACCCUGCAUGGCUGGAACCAAAGGGAGUGUGUUGAUAGGUAUCUGGAGAAUGCACGCAGAUGGCCGUUUUUUGGCUGCAAGUUAUUCCAGGCACAGGUAUGAGAGAAAAAACCACCUUCUUAUGGUUGUAAAGCGAAGGCAGGUUUUCAUUUGAUCGCAGGCAUAAAACAGAUCCCUGCACUUUUUUUACCGGUCGUAGCGAUUCAAAUGGAUGUGCUACCAAAAACCGGCGCAACGAUUUCUGGGAUGGUUUGAGCGGAUAAGCGUUACAUAUGAUUGGUUAGUGGUUGUCUUGAAUACCAUCGACCAAUCGUAAUUAACCCUUGUCCACCCAAACGAUACCAGAAAUCGUUGCGCCGAAAGCUAGUACCCAUGGCCAUUAUAGCUUUGGAGUGGGGAAUUGGGUUUUAUGCCUUUUAUGAACGGCACUGACAGACUGUCUCUUCGUUAACAGCAAAAGCAUACAGUUUCAGCUGCUAAAAAGCGAGGACCUCAAACAGAGAGUAGCCAGCCGGUUUGGCUAGCAGUGGAGGAGGAUAGCAUUAGUAUACUGGAAGGGCAAAGCUUAGUAAGUCUGUUGUUAGUUCGUUAUUAAAUAAAAUAAAUAAAAUGAAUAAAUAAAUAAAGAUUUGGAGGUAGCACAUCCACAAAGUGGUUCUUCGUCUACCUGAUUCCUAGUCGAAUUGGAAUUUGGAAAUGUUGGUUUUGGAGGAGAGGGGAAAACCGGAGUACCCGGAAAAAAACCUCUCGGAGCAAAGGAGAGAACCAACAAUAGACUCAACCCACAUAUGGCGUCGACACCGGGAUUUGAACCCGGGCCUCAAUGAUGGGAGGCGAGUGCUCUCACCACUGCGCUAUCACUGGCUCCCUAUUUACCAAGAACGGUCUGAAAAUAGUCCUGUUCAUUCAUUUAAAUACAAAUGGACAACUAGCUUGAAUUUUCUGGUGAUAAAUGUCGCUCUUCAUAAUGAAAUGACAGUGGUAGGUGUGAGGACACAAGAACUUUGAGUGAACGAAUGUUUCGUCUGGCGACUUGGGGUAGAACACCACGUUCACCCACUCAGCAGAAGAAAAAUAGUUUUGCUUUCUUCAUCCUACUUAUCCACAAUCAAUUACGAAAAGGCUCGAGGGAUUCCCGGAUCGUAGUCAAAAAUUAUGAGACAACUUUGAAAUUCACUUGUAUUCGUAAGAUUUCUUCUUAAAAACUGUAUGCCUGAACUGUGAAAAAGUACCCUCAAAUAUAAGAACCUGUUCAGCCUGACCUCGAAAAUUUUAGGUUCUAAAAUGCGGGUUUUUAAUGUACUGACCUUCAGUUUGUGUGUUGAUUUUUUUUCAGCGCUUGAUGUGUCGGUACCGGUAUAAAUCAGUAGUGACGUUUGGAGGAUGGAAAGAUGACUUCAUGUUAGUGGUGAACCAGUCCAUCAUGCGUGGCGGCGCUACAGUAGAGCAAGGAACACAGAGACUGUUGUUUGUAAUGUCAAGAGAAAAGGUAACGGUUGGAUAACAGUGUUGGGACUGUUUGAGUGUCCUUUGCAAGGUGGUGUCAGACUGUAUUUGAUAUUUAGCAAUUAUUCCACGAGUGUGCGUUGGAUAUGAGUUAACUUUAAUCACCUCGUAUCCAACAAGCUCGAGUGGAAUAAUUGUUUUAUUAAAACGCCCACAAAAUAGCGAGAAUUCUUCCCGACUUUAUUUGUAAAAUCAAUCGGUUUUUAGCUUGUUUUUAAUUUUGGGCAGACGCGUACGGUUACCAUAUUUGGAGAGCAUGGUAUAAUGGCUUAUAUACCAUGAUGGCUCGGCCAGUCAGAACUCUAGAAUUGCAUUAUCCAAUGAUUCAGUUUUUAAUAAUGUCAGUUAUACCCGUGUAUUAGCCUGCGUGCAGACGUCUCCUCAGUGUUUCCUUUGAUAGGAAACGUCUGUACGCAGGCUACCCGCCGUCUGUGAGUCGUCGCUCAAAGAUCAACUCAUAAGGCACGUCAGUCUCUUACUGUUCUUCAAUGUUUGUGGCGGGCGAAUCAAGCAAAUCCGCAUUUUGCGAAAAACGAAGGCGUCUACCUGAGAAGUCUGAUUGGCGCCCUCUCUUCUUGUGUCGUGUGAUACCCCACGACGGCGUCAAGAAUAAUAAAAGAUUGCUCGUAAAGGGAGAGGCUUCUCUCCCGGUUCGUCUUCUUCUCUUUUGCUGUCUUCCGUCUCAACGUUACAGCUUGCUCCUUUCGACUCACUGAAAACGGACUGUAAGCUGUACUUCCGGCAGCCAUGGCAAUAUGUCGUUAACUUGUUGAAGUCUUCUUUUGAUGCAGACGUUCUUAUUAUUGCAGAUUCUUGAAAUCACUCUUCUCAUGGCGAGCUACAUCAACGCUAUCAUCCGACAAAAAGGUAUAACUUGUAACGUCAAUGAAACCGGGCCGGCUAGCAAACAAGGGAUGGAGGUGAAGGUCUGGGACCUAGAGAGUGCCGAGUGGCCCAUAGUGCCUGGCUCCACGGUUGGUCUUCUUUGACGUCACUGAAAACUCCAUUUUUAGUAUAAAAACAGCUCAUGUUGAGUUAGUUAUUUUUAUUGUUGACACAUUGUAGAUUUCUUUAAAAAGCGACUCCGAUUUUAUGCUUUAGUGUUUUUAAACUUUUAGAGUCAGUUACAUAAACAGAGUUUUGCAAGUGUUUAAAAAAAAAACCGUUCUAAGCGAUUUUCAGUUUGCCGAACACCAUUAACACCAUUUAUUGUAAAGAGUUUCAUGAAAGCAUAUGGCGUACACUAGACAAGCAUUUGUCUUCUUAAAUUGAACCACUAAGGAAGAGAUCUGAAGGUCCAAAGAUUUCCUAAACUGCAGUGUAAGUUAGAAUUCGUUUAAGUAACCGACCCUUAGUGUCUAUGAUGUGAUAAUGGAGAUAUUGUAGACCUUAUUAGCAGCCGCUGUUCUUAGAUUGAGCCCGCCGUCUCUUCUCGGGGAAAAACAAGAUCGGACCCGAAAGAGCGACGGGUAUCGAGCCUAUAGGGGUAAUUUUUGAGAGGAAGAAGGAAGGCAAUUUCAACUUCGUAGGAAGGCAACCUCCACGUGAAGUCUACCAUGUUGCAACGAAAAGCUCGUGUUUCUUAUCAGGAACUGUAUCCUUUCGGCUUUGAAGUUGCUCUCUUUUUACUUUAUCAGCUAAGGAAUCGCCAAGUAAGAAACUUUGCACCCCUUUUGGUUUUGCUGCCAUUUACAUAUCUGCUGGAAAAAAGUUGUAAAUUAUUGAAAUUCCUUGGAUUAUACUGAGAUGUUGAACAUCGUGAGACCAGAUGACUGCUACCGUAAAACCCCUCUUUACGGACAUCUAAUUCUAUUACGGACAGUUUGGGUUGCCCCUAAGGAAAGAAAGGCCUUACAUUUUCUCUAAAUUAAACCUGUUUAACACGGGCGCUUUCUAUUGCCCCCUCAGUGUCCGUUUUAGGGGCGUUUGACUGUACUUUUUACUCCAGGCCCUUGUGUUACUCUAUGGGGAGCAGUCUUGGUAAACAUUUGUUGUUUCUAGUCCGGCCGACGGCGUCGUUUUUUCCCCGUCAUUGGCUCUCUUAUAUGGGGAUUGGUUUCUCGUUAUUUGUAGUAUUUAUCUGUACUGAUUCAUUUGAAUAACCGUAUGUAAAAAUGUAAAUUUGACGUGGGUUAUUUGGCCUCAACAAGGAAGCCGUGUGAGAGUAUCGAGGGCCACCCACUACCCGUUAGUGAGAGUAUAUGAUGUUGGAGCCAAGCUCGUUGUAAAAAAUUGUCAAACUUCAGUUUAUACAUUUCACUGAAAUGAAGAGUGUAGUUAGGAAAUUAAGCAAUAGUUUGCCGAAAAAGUUGAUUUUAUUUUCAAGAAAAUAUUGAUUCUAAAUCUAAACAAUAUCGCUAUAGUUAGUAUAGCGGUAGAUAUGAGAUAUAUGUACCAUAAGAGUGAACAGUGUUUUUCGCGCUUCUUUUCGCCUCUUCUUGUCGCACUUUCUUAAAAUAGACAAUGGAGUAUAUAAAAGUGGGCGAAAUCGAUCGCGAAAAGGUGAAUUUGAAAGUCAAGGCAACCUACACGGUGACUACAAGAACCCUUCCCAAGAAGCAAUAGGUUUAACGGCAACUCUGCACUUGCCUCACGUUAAUUGUUGUACAUUUCUUUGCCGUCACUGCAUGUCUUUGGCGUGAAACGUUUCAAUGCAACGUUUUUAUGGAGAACGUAAACACGGAACACCAACUUUUCCUCUCUCUUUCUUUACUUCGAUGGUUUGAGCUUGCUGGAAUUAUCGGGAUAAAAUUUAAUGCUCUUUGUACUGCUGUAGUCGCAGUUGUGGUUGCUUAAGCCUUCUAAAUAUUCACCUUAGCUCAGAAUAAAUCUACUUGAGAGGGCUAUAAAUGUAAGAGAAUUAUGUUAAGAAAUUAUUCCUUUCUGCUGUGGAAAUUAAGAGGGCUCUAGUUCUUGUAAAAUAGUGCUUAUCAUAUCAGAUAAUAAUCUAUACCUUUUUUAAAUAAUCACUGCCCGACGCUAAUUUUGUUUGCAUCAUUUGUAGCAUAAAUCUUUAGUUACUGCAAAGAACAUAUCGAUGUUGAUGAAAUCUAAUACCCCAGUUGUGUUUAUUAUGAAUAUUUUAGUGCCGUUGAACUUCAGAGAUCCAUUAACUGUAUAACAGAACUGAAGAAAUACUUUUAUCUGGGUGGAGUUAUUUUCUGUUUGAUCCUUGAUCAGUAAGUGUUUCCUCUUUUUCCCGUACGAGAAGUUUGCAAAUACUCGGCAAGUCUUUAGUAUACCUCAGGCAAAUAGACCCUUACAAGCCAGUUUUUUGUUUUUCAAGUUUUGUUAAAGAACAGUAAUCAAAUAUCCAUCUACACUGCUGUAAAGAGCGCCUUAAAAUUAGGCAACUUAAUAAGUUUGAGUCGUGUUGACAGAUUUUCGCCAACUGGUCUCAGUCA